AUGCCGCUCGUCCUCGUCUCCGGCUAUCCGUCGUCCGGCAAGACUACGCGUGCCAUCCAGCUCAAGGCCUUUUUCGAGUCCAAGAUCGCCAACUCCCCCACUGAUGCCCGAGUCGCCAGGCUGAAAGUGCAUCAUAUCAACGAUCAAACGCUGGGCUUAUCGCGACACGUCUACCACACCGCUAAAGCCGAGAAGGAUGCUCGGGCCGAGGAGUAUUCUGCUGUAAAGAGAGUGCUUUCCCGCGACGACAUCGUCAUCGCUGAUGGUCUGAAUUAUAUCAAGGGCUUUCGCUACCAGCUGUACUGUGAGGCGAAAGCUGUCCAGACGCCCAGCUGCGUGGUCCAUAUAGGCACCCCCAUCCAGAAAUGCCGCGAAAUCAAUGAGAAAUUACUCGAGGACUGCGCGGUCGACGGCGGUUAUGAAAAAGCGGACUUUGAGAACCUAAUCUUUAGGUAUGAAGAGCCCAAUGGCAUGACGCGGUGGGACAGUCCGCUCUUCACCGUGCUGGACGAGGACGAGACGCCGCCGUUCGACAAAAUAUGGGAGGCACUGGUAGGCAGUGACGGGAAGGUUAAACUCGUCCGACCGAACCAGGCGACGGUAUUGAAGCCAGCAACUGAGCAGAAUUACCUCUACGAGCUCGACAAGACUACCUCCGACAUCCUCGCCCAAAUAAUGACCUACCAAAAGGACCACGCCGGAGAAGGAGGCGGAGCAGUCGUCGUAGCUGAUGUCGAAAGCCAAAUUGAACUCCCAGCGUCCCAGAUGACGCUCCCUCAGCUUCAGCGCAUACGUCGGCAGUUCAUCACAAUGAAUCGCCAACACUCUUUCUCUAAAGCCCGCAUGAGGGAAAUUUUCGUCGACUACCUAAACGAUCAAUUCCGACGAUAA